AUAAUACGCACGGCAGAACCCUUUAAUUGCGUCAUUUCCGUCACAUGUAAUAUAAAGGAUCUGACCGAGUGAAGGGUGAAACUUUCAGAGAUUGAAAGUCUUUUAAAUGUUCUAGUAGCUGGAAGAUGAACACCGCUCUGAAGCAGUGGAAGGAGGCGUCCACCCUAAUCCUUACCGCAGGACGCAGGCUCGGUGCGGACAGUUUGUCGUCAAGAACUCCGCUGGACGGCAACGGAGCAGCGACACAGUCGCCGCACAGCUCCCAGUUUGAUUACGACGUGCUGUUGCUCAAACGAAGCGCUAAAAGCACAUUUAUGCCCAACGCCUAUGUGUUUCCCGGCGGUAUGGUGGACUCUUCAGACUUUUCAAGUGAUUGGUUAGACGUCUUUAAAUCUUUUCUUAAUUCCCCUGGUUUUGGUUUAAGGAGCGUUAAGCAGCCCGUGGAGAACAGACCCCCGAUUUUUGCCACAAACCGAUUAAAACUCGGCUCUCCCAUCCCGGGGGAAGUCGCCCUGAGAAUUUGUGCCGUUAGAGAGACGUUUGAGGAAUCAGGAGUGUUGCUGAUUGUGCCUAAAAAGGAAGAGGAGCGUAUUUUAAAAAGCUUUCAGGACACACGUUUUAGUCAACAUCACACAGAACAUAAACUGUGUUGUGAUGAACUCUCAAAGUGGAGGGCAUUGGUGAACAAGGACCCCUCCAACUUCAAGAGGAUGUGCCAGGAGUUGGAGAUUUUGCCCAAUAUCUGGGCUUUACAUGAGUGGGCGAACUGGCUGACCCCCACCGCCAAAUAUGGGAGGACGAGGUUUGACACAGCUUUCUUCGUGUGCUGUUUGCAGGAGAUGCCCAGCACGCUGCAAGAUGAUAAGGAAAUUGAGCGCUUUCAGUGGUCCACACCCUCAGAGAUCCUGCAGAGCUACCAGGCACGGCGACUUUGGAUUGCUCCUCCGCAGUUCUACGAGCUCAGCCGGAUGUGCUGCUUCCCGCUGCUGAAUGACCUCCACAGCUUCGCCCACCAGCGGGCAACAGAAGGCUGCGAUCAGUGGAUGCCUGUUAUCGUCCUUCAAGAUCAGCAACACAUUUCUCUGCUCCCAGGGGACAGACUUUAUCCGGCAGACCCUUCAAAGCUGACCGAGAACGAUCACAAAGACUCUCAGUUGGAGGAUCCAACAGAUAAUUCUGAUUUGCACCGUAUGGUGAUGUCAGAUCCUUACACUACAACCCUACAGGUCACUGUCAAACCCAAGUAUAACCACCUGCUCCCUGUUAUGGCGCCAGCCUUGUCACAUAAUCCAAAAAGUCAACUUUGACCUGCACUGAAACAUCUUUUUGUUUGUUUGGUUUUUGUUUGCACACAAUUGCAAAAAGACGUUGACAUGAAAUUUACUGGCAGUAUGUCUGCUGCUGAAUUCUGAUCACUAAUAACUGCAUCAAGUUCUGUUGGUGUCUGUGUUACUUUAAAUUUCUCAUAUUGAAAAGGAAAAAAAACUAAUUGUAAUUUGGAUAGCUUGCAUUUAUUUUUAUUUUGUAUAAAAUGGCUACUAAUUACCUAAGUUGGUUUUAAUUUUAAACAAAAAUGCAAAAAUGUGAAUAAGCACAAUUAUGUACUGUACAGCAGCACAGUUGCUCUGACUAAAGCAAUGCUAGUGAAGUAUUCUGUUUGAUAAAAGGUAUUUUUUAUUUUUUGGAACAAAGUUUGUUUUUCUGUGUUGUCUUCAGUGAACUUAUUGCCAGGAAGAUUUUUUUUCUCUUGACUUCAAAAUAAAGGAAAAAAAAUAAAUGUCUUGGGUUUCUCUUGUAUAAAAUAUUCUGAGGUGAAUUAUAGCAGUAACAUUGUUGUAAAAUUAAUAUUAUAAUAAAUGUUCUUUCACCUUAAGUCUACAUCCCAAUUUUCUGACUUAUUUUAUCAUGACUAAUGCAAUUAAUAGAGAGAUGUAAUUUAUUUUGAAACAGUCCGGUGCCUUUAAAUCUGAUUAAGUAGUUCAGUCUGUUUGUGCUUUUAACUGCAUAUCUUCUCCAUUGACAAAAAACUGUUUAUUUCUCAUUAUGGACUCUUUAUUUUCAUUUUUAUAUAUUUUCAAGUAUAUUUUGGAACUUUUAUUGUAAGAUAUAAAAAAUGGCAAUAAAUCAAGCACUGCAGAUGCUCAGAGACACCAA